AGCAAUUCUAAAGCAGUGUUAUUUUUAAAUAAGUUAAACACUGGUCAGCAGAUGAUAUGCCUGGAUGCUUGUGUUUAUACCUUCUCAGGAGGGCAGAUAUUGAGAGAUAAAGCUGUGUAACCUUGUGUGAGGUGAGGCAGGAGGGGGGUGAGGUGAGGUGUGUGUGUGUGAGUGUGUGUUUGUGUAUGUAUGUGUGUGUGUUGCUUACCUGGGCAGAGUAAGCAGGGCAGGAAAAGCAGUCUUACCUGUAGCCCAGGUUCUGGCAGCUCUCUGCACACUCUCUCAUCUGUCUUCUGUUACCUGCACCGACUUGAAAGUCCAGUUUCACAAGGAAGAACCGAGUGGAGGAAGAGAAAUAAUGUCACAGGAGACAGACAAUAAAAGACUGGUGGUAGUGGUGCCCAAUGAGCCGUCGUUUCAUAACCGGCGGGCCUACACGAGUGAAGAUGAAGCAUGGAGGUCGUACCUGGAAAACCCACUGACUGCUGCUACAAAAGCCAUGAUGAGCAUCAACGGAGACGAAGACAGCGCAGCAGCACUGGGGCUGCUCUACGAAUACUACAAGGUUCCCAAAGACAAAAGGGUAAUGCCCAUUGCCAAAGUAGUAGAAAUCACAGAGGAACAGGAGAAAAGAAGUGGUGUUUUGGGCAGCAGCAGUGGUGGUGAUACAGUGGACACACAGUCAGUGGAUAAUCAUGUUCAGGUUCUGAAGUCUGUGCCGGUGAACCUGUGUGUGAACACAGAGCAGCAGGACUGCAAGCGUGAGCAGUUCGGUGGUGUGGUAAAGACUGAGGUGUACACUCCGGUUUUCAUGAACUCCAGUCUGCACUACAGAACAGAGAGCGAGGAGCAGACGCGGGUAGUUUACGAACACACACACUCGUUCGAAACCACGGCGGCCAGUCACGACGGCUUUGGAAAAGACGAGCAAUGCAGCAGCCCGGAUAGCACAUACGAAGAGGACAGUAACGAGAAAUAUCGACCAUCAUCUCUGGGAGCUAACGAGUUCAUCUUUAACCCAUCAGACACAGACACAUUUCAGUACAGUCUGGAGGCCAGUCGGUCUCUGCGGCAGAAACAGGGCGAGGGACCCAUGACAUACCUGAACAAGGGCCAGUUCUACGCCAUCACUCUGAAUGAAACGGGCACUAAUAAGCGACUUAGACACCCCAUCAGCAAAGUGCGGAGUGUGAUCAUGGUUGUGUUCAGUGAAGAUAAGAACAGAGAUGAGCAACUAAAGUACUGGAGAUACUGGCACUCUCGUCAACACACAGCCAAGCAGAGAGUUCUAGAUAUCGCGGAUUACAAAGAAAGCUUCAAUACGAUCGGGAACAUCGAGGAGAUCGCCUACAAUGCUGUGUCCUUCACCUGGGACGUCAAUGAGGAGGCUAAGAUUUUCAUCACAGUGAACUGCCUCAGCACAGAUUUUUCCUCUCAGAAGGGGGUGAAGGGUCUACCCCUAAUGAUCCAAAUCGACACCUACAGCUACAACAACCGCAGCAACAAACCCCUGCACAGAGCAUACUGCCAGAUCAAAGUCUUCUGUGAUAAGGGAGCAGAGAGGAAGAUCAGAGAUGAGGAAAGGAAGCAGAACCGCAAAAAAUCAAAAGGGAAAGACGCGGGAACCGCAGUGGUAACUCUUCCGAAAAAGGACGACGCCACCUUUUUCAAGACGAUGACGGAUCUGGAUGCUCAGCCGGUCCUUUUCAUUCCAGAUGUUCACUUUGGUAACCUGCAGAGAGCUGCUCAGGUAUUUGCCUUCAACACUGAAGAGAUUGAGAGAGAAGGGAGUGUGUUGGUGAAGAGGAUGUUCCGGCCAUCUGAGGAUGAUUACUGUCCGUCCCCACAUAAACAAGUCAAAGAGGAGACGCAGAAGAGAGUGCUCCUGUACGUGAGGAAAGAGUCUGAUGAGGUGUUUGAUGCGCUGAUGCUCUGCUCCCCCACUCUCCGAGGCCUCAUGGAUGCAAUUUCAGAGAAAUAUGGUAUACCUGUUGAGAGGAUCGCCAAAAUCUACAAGAAGAGCAAGAAAGGAAUCCUGGUGAACAUGGAUGAUAACAUCAUUGAACACUACUCAAACGAGGACACCUUUAUCCUGAGCAUUGAGAGCUACGCUGAAGCCUACAAAAUCACUCUGCUGGAGAUAUAAACGCACAGCGUUUCCUUAUUGGACAAAUAUUUGUACAGAACAUGAAGGCUGAAGGACUUCACUGUGCUGGUUAUGCCGCUUUAUCAUUGUCAUCAUGAGCUACUGCCACGGCGGCUCCACACAAUCAGUGCUGAAAUCUGAGCCCAACAGGAUUUUAUUAUUAUUAUUAUUAUUAUUUUAUUUCUAUGGUUUUAUUAUAAUUUCUGCAGCACACACUUUUUUAUGUCUCAUGCAAGAUUUCAAAUAAUUUUUUGUAUAGGUUUUACUUUUCAAAUGUAGUCAAUCAGCCAAACAUGUUUGAUACUGGAGCUAAAAUUAUAGAAGUUUGUAUUAUAUUUUCACAUUAGCAGUAUGCUAAUUGCCUAGGUUAAUCAUCACACACACCAUAUAGAGUUUUUCGCUAAUAUCUAAUAUGGCAUAUGAACUUUAGUUCAUAUCUAUUACUAUGAGGUAAAGUAUGUUGCAAAGUUAAAGAACAGUACAGUACAGCACAUCUCCUGAAGCCUUUAAAAGAGUCCAUAAAAGAGCUAGGUAGCCAAAAUAGCUAUAUAUUCCAUAAAUAGUUAUGACUAAAGGCCAAUUUCUGUUUCUGCGUCAAACCUGUGCCUUAGCCUGAGUGUAGCCAUGCAGCUGAUGUUUUAGCAUGAGGCGCUUCACCCCAGAAAUGCAGCUACAAAUAACUGUGACACAAGCCACAAUUACUGUGAUUGGUUAAUAUCGUAGCUGUAUUUUGUAUUUCCCUUUUUGGCACCAUUUCAAAACUCAUUUGGAUGAAUGUGGAUUUUGGAUUAUGUGUAAACUGAUGUGAGAUAAAUUGCUACAGAUGAGGAUGAUGCACACAUGUGAACCAAGCCCUGGACAGAGUAUUUAUAGAUUUGCAUAUGAACUGAUCACAUUCCAGCUAUAUCUAUUUACUUAACUUUAUUACUAGGAGUACUAGGUGGAAACAGUAAGUCUCUAGUUCAGCCACAAAAAUCACAAAAAUAUGACGUCAUGAAUAUAUGUGCAUUCAACCAUUUCAAGAGAACUAUCCGGACAGGAUUAGUUUCUCGGGGGGUCCUGCGGUAAUUGUCUCUUGAAUGGGGGGUCCUCUGUGAUUUUAUUCCUGUUUUAUCACUGAGUAGAAAUGUAAAAUAUUGAUCAGAUGUUAUAACCACAUUUCAAUUUUAUUCAUUUUUAAGUAGAUGAAUAAUUAAGAAAUUGUCUCCAUUCAUAUUCUGCAUGUUCACAUGUUUUUUACAACUGUACAACAUUUCAUUAGUUAAAUCUGAAGAAGUUCAGUGGCAUUUUUUUAUAUUUUAUUUUUAUUAUUUAAAGGGCCUAUAUCAGAACAUAUGGUUCACUCUCCCGUUUAUCCUGUUAUAGAUAUAGAGCAAGUAGAAUGUGGUCCUAUAAAAAGUAAUCAUGAUUGUUUUGGGAGCUUAAAGUUUCAGUAAAGGUUUAACAAAAAAUAAAGUACAUGACGAAAUGUAGAAUAUGGACACUUUUUACCGCUACACAGAAACAGGUUGUGAUCGGUUCACAGAAUUGAGCUUUAUUUCUUUUGUCGUUUAUUUGUAACAGCUUAGAACAUCUCAUUUCAUUUGACUUUAGCUCCAUUACCAAAAUUGAAAGUGAAAGUAUGUUUAUCACUUCAGCAACAUCAGCCUUUUAUUCUCUAUACAUUUCUGUAUGGUCCGGUCAGCCACAUUUCUACAGCACGGCUGCUGUUUUUCUAAUAGUAUAUAAUAAUAAUUAUUAUUAUUAUUAUUUGUGCCAUGUACAUUUUUUUGUUUUGUUUUUUAGUGCAAGUAAAGGAGUAUAUAUGAAUGCUGUGUAUCUGUGUACUGUAUGCUCAGUAAUAGUACAGCCAUGUGUUGCACUCACUGUCUGUGAAUCAUAGUCUGUAUAAUGUCCGCAUGUUUCAACUGAAUUGAUUUAGAUUUUUUUAUACAAGGUUGUGCUUAUGUGCCAUUCGAUUCUCAUUAUAUUAGUGUCAAAUGAUCCAUUCUGUUAAUAUAUACCUUUAGAGUGGCCCAAUUAUGACCAUAUUUGGAGCUCUUGGAUCUGAGCAGUCUUUUUUGCAUGUGGCAAAUGUGACCAUCAAAAUUUUGGGGAUUUCUAGCUUUUCAAAAUGCUUGUUUUGCCUCACAGUGCCCCCUAUUCACUUAAUUUAAUAAUUAAAUUUAAUUCAUCAAAAUAAUUAAAUGAAUAAGUUAUUGAUUUCACUUUUAGUAGAUAUUGGAGUUGUCCUCAAAGUUUUAAUGAAUAUCUCUCACUAAAAUUGCAAUUCUGAAAAAGUAAGCUACAUGUUGCUGUACAUAAAUAUCAUAGCUAAAUACCUCAGUAAUAAGUAAUGCCAUGUUAAUAAACCAUAACGCCCUAAUGAUCUUCUAUUAGGUCCAAAACGUAUCAAAUCUGUUUGUUAUAAUGAGUAGAGAGGCACUUGUUAAUGCAUUUUAUAUAUGUCUGUAAAUAAACAUUGUCAGUUUUGUGUUUCCUCA